AUGGAAGUUUCAAAGGUAACCCGGAAAAUCAAAAACACAAGAAUGAUACUACUUGUUAUGCAUAUAUGGAUGUGUAUAAUGCAUAUAAAGAAGUUUGACAUUGUUGUUUAUGCUUCUAAUGAGACAGGCAUGCAGUCAUCAAAGAAGUCUAUGAAUAAUUCUAAAGAUAUAAUAUAUAAAGAACAACUAGAUAAUUCAUAUAGUACUCAAGAGGAUUCUUUAAAUAACAAAAAUACGACAACAGAUGGCUUUAUGGAAGUGUCAUCUUCAAAUCCAUUCAAUUCAGAUUCUAUGAAUAAUCCGUAUGCUUUUGAUUAUUACAUGCACGAAUAUAACUACACGUACAAUUCAUAUAACUUCCCUGAUGAGUUUUUGGACAAUACACCAGACAGCGAUAGUAUGAAUAAGACUCAAGCACAGAAUACAUGCAAUUCAUUACGUAUAAAUAAAAAUUCUAGCCCAGAACCGUACUCACUAUUUGAAUUAAAUAGUACUGAAUUUGCUUGUAGUAGUAAAGAACCAGAUAUUAUUCCUUCAAACUUAGUGUCUCAUUCACAGUCUAUGCCGAGUGACAGUAAUAAUGAAGAACUGCAUAAAACUAGCCAAAGUCUGGACAACCCCUGUACAAGUACAUCUAGAAAAAGAAAAUCAUGCAGUAAUAAUAAUACUGAUACUUCUCCUGGGAAAUUGUUAUCUAUAACAUCUUCUGUUGAAUCUUUAGAUGACUAUACUUAUUUAGUGGAAACUAUACAUAAUUAUAAACUAGAACUCUUAAAAAACAAGAAAGAAGAAGACAUAUCUUCUGCUCCAAUGUACUUUAAUCAUAGUAUAAGUAAUAUAAAAGCUGCGUUUUUGUCCUUGAAUAAUGUCAUAAGAACUAAUGGUACAAUAUACAAUAAUGUAUGGAUAGCACUAAUGGCUAGUUCAAAUGAUAUAUUUAUAAAACUAAAGAUUAUUAUUUAUCUGGCCACUUAUAAAAACAUAGAAGAAUCUCUCUUUACAAACUGCAAGCUGUCCUAUUAUCAUGGGGUCAUUUCAGAUUUAAACAGAAAAUAUAAGAGCUGUUAUAGUGUUCCUAAAAGAGAUCCAUCCAAAUUUAUAAAAGUAGAGGCUGAUUUAAAUUUAGUUACACUUGGUAGCAUAUACGCUAAAAGAAAUAUAAAUCUUCUGUGGCACGCAGAAAGUAUGUUAAUGGCUUACAAAAGCCACAAUAUAGCAUACUCUUCUUAUAAUACAGAAGAAACAGAAGAAGACUGGAAUGUAAAACAUGGCUUGUUAUUAAUUCUAUGCCUUCCUGAGGUGUAUGAAGAUCUUUUCUAUAUGAAAUAUGAAGAUAUUGGCCUACUAAAACAAAAGAUUCUGAAUAGUUCUCUUAUAUCAAAAACUAAAAAAAUAGCCAGCCAAUUCUGUAUCAUAGAAUAUUUGUAUGGGAAGGUUCAUAAUAAUCAUAAUAUAAUGAAAAAGGCAUACGCCGACAUACUAAAUAUUGAACUCAGAGUUUCUAUAUAUGAGCGUAAUUCCAUUGAAUUGUAUAUGCUUGCUUAUAAUACGUUUGUUUUUUUCUACAAGAACUCUUUUUGUUUAUAUGAAACAAAUACAGACUCCCAUAUAAGCAAUACUUCUACUUCUGAAAAAAAUGAAAAUAUAUGUCCAUAUAUGAAACAAUACACAAAAAUACAUCCAAGUAAUAGUAAUCUAUAUCAAGGAAAAGGUAUUAUUUUGACGCACAAUAAAAAAAGGUGUAUUAUUACAUUUGAAUACACUAAUAAAAAAGAGAAUAUUAGAAUAUUGGAUAGAAUAGAAAACAAACAGGUGAAAUAUAACCAUAUCAAUGAAAAGCAGAUAGAUCUGGGAUAUUCACGGCAUUACCACAUUCAGCUUGUAGACAAUGGCACACACCGCAUGCAUAUUUUACACCUUCCAUUUUUUGUGACUAAUGAGAAUGGUACUAUAAAGUAUCAUUAUAUACAUACAAUUCAAGAUAUUUUAGAGCAGGCUAAAUUUACAUUUUAUUCUAAAAGUAGAUCCAAUUCUUAUGGGGUAUACAAUGAUAUAUAUCCAUUUAAAUACAAUAGAAAGAACAAGACGUGGUCUUUGGUAACUAGGGAUGAUAACGAUCCGAUUAAAAAAAGAAAAGUUAAGAGUGGCGAUAAGAUAUGUGACAUGGAUAAAACCUUGGAAGAAAUGCAUAAUGAUGGAUUUGAUGUUGUAUUCUACUACAUUAAAGAGGAUAUACGAGUUACUGAAUUUGUGUUUGCACAGUUUAACCCUAUUGAUGCAGAGACAGUUAAUGCGGCUUAUAAGGAAAAUGAAAAAGAGGCAAAGAAGUUAUUUGACAACUAUAAGAUAGAUUAUAGUGUUCCACGAAUUCCUAUUUUUCUACCUAAGCUAAUGACAUCUGCAGUACAUUUUGGUCCAUAUGUUCUAAAAUCGAAUAAAUUUAAGAUUAUGCCGAAUAGAGACUAUAUGAACCCUGUUCCUAUUGAGUUUUCUAACUGGCUGGAUACAAUAGUUAAGAAGAAAGAUCUAAAGAUGACAAUUAUAGAGCUACUCAACAAAUGUAAACAUGAAAUAUACUAUUACAGUGAUUUCUAUAUACUGGGUCUAAACACCCCGUAUGAAGACUGUGACUGUUAUAGUAUGGAAAUUUUGCAAUCAAAACCUAAACAUAAUCGAGUGAAGAUAUUUUGGUGUGUAGAACAACAGCAUAAUAUAGGAGAAUACAACAACUACUACCUGGAUCUAAGUUCUAAACCUUCUGAUUCUAAUGGCAUCAAUAAAAAGACGAAAGUCAAUACUUUAUGUCUAUUCUUAAAAAUGAUUCAAAGAAAGCAUCCAUCACAGGAUAUGCUUCGCUAUGGAUUAUGCAUAUGUACAAGGGUUGGAGUAAAAGAGAGUGUUACAAUCCCUCUUGUCUGCCUAGAAAUGAAAUCUCUUAUGGAUGAUUUAUUUAGUAAACAUAGUGAAAUGCACCAUAUGCUUAGCCCAGCAGUAAAAGAAAAUAUUCAACAUUUAAAAAGACACCGAAACAUGCAUCCAUUUGAAAUUUCAGAUAUUUCUAAUAUAUACAUAUCUAUAAAAAGGAACAAUUAUACAAAGUCCAAACUUGGCCUACACUACAAUCUUAUGAGUGUUAUUUAUUAACAGCCUAAAACCACAUAAAUAAUCAAGUAGUAACCCAUCAAGUACUUAUUCUAUAAAUAUUAACUUAUUAU